AUGAUGCAACCAGAUAAAGAUAAAAAAGAUAAAGAUAAAAAGGAUAAAGAUAAAAAGGAUAAAGAAAAAAAGGAAAAAGAAAAAAAGGAAAAAGAUAAAAAAUCAAAAAAGAAAGAUAUAGAAAUUUCACUACCAUCAAAUUUUAGAUCAUUGGAUGGUGAUGGGCAACCAAUACAACCAAAUGUACAACCACAAUAUAAUGAAGAUGAUCAGCAACAAUUUUUAAAUGAUCAGCAACAACAAGAAUAUAAUGAUGACCAACAACAGCAAUAUUACGAUGACCAACAACAGCAACAAUAUUAUAAUGACCAACAACAACAACAAGAAUAUUAUGAUAAUAACCAACAACAAUACUAUGAUGAUCAACAGCCACAACAAUACUAUGACAACCAAGAACAACAAGAAUACUACACCAAUAACCAAAAUCAACAACAACAACAACAUUAUAAUAAUCAGCAACAGCCCAAUUAUGAUUAUCAAGAACAACAAUCUUCAGAUUUAGAGCCACCACCAUUACCAGAAAAAAAGAAUUGUAAAUUAUUAGAAAAGGUCCAACAGCAACAAAGAGAAUUGAUAGAAAAUCAUCAAAAAAAUCAUCGACAAAAAAGCAAAGUUUAUUUUAAGGUUUCAGAUGAACUAUUAGAAGAUGUAAAGAAAUGGGAAAACAAAAAGAAAGACUAUAGUGAAUCCAUUAACUCACUUUUAAUAAAGAAACAACAGCAACUAGACGGAAUCUUUAAGGACUACUUACUAGAGCUUACGCCGAUACUAGAUAAGCAUUUUCCAAAUAGUUCAGACUCGCAACUGAAGAAUGAAAUCCAAAGAAAUGAGCAGGAAAGGUUAUUAUCCGUUAAGCAAAACUUGUUUGGUAGUCAAAAUGCAUCGAUUACCACCAUCGAGAACCAAAUCAAGCAAAGACGUACGGAAAUUAAUAUGCACAAUAAAAUUACUCUUAUACAAUCAAUUGUUAGAAUGUGGUUAGCUAAAAAGAGUUUCAAAGUUUUGAAACAACAUCACACAAGACGUAAUUUAUGUUUACAAGAAAUUGUUGAUACAGAGCGUAAAUAUGUAGAAUCCUUAUCACUGAUGAUAAAGAUAUUUUUGGUACCUUUACAAACAACUAAAAAAGAUUUAUUAUCCGUCAAUGAAGUUGCUGCAAUCUUUGGGAACUGUUCCGUUAUCUAUGGUGUCCAUAAUGAACUAUUAGAAUCUUUAGAAACCAAUUUAAAAGCAUAUCAAAAACAGCAACAAGAAGACUAUUCAAAUAUCGGUACUCUUAAAAAAUCAUCAGCCAAACCCUCCAAAACACCAAAAACACAUGUUAAAACCGUUGCCGAGUGUUUCUUAUCAUUGUCACCAUUUUUAAAACUCUACACCCAAUACAUUAACAAUUUUACCCAUGCAACUACAACAUUACUAGAAUGCAAAAAAAGAGAUUCAAAAGUUAACCAAUUCUUUUUCAAAGAUUGCAAAGAAAAUAAAAUUUUAGAAAAAAGAGAUUUCUUAGAUUUACAAAUUCAACCUGUACAAAGUAUGUAUAAUAUUUUGGUACCUCUAUUUUUCACAGGAAUACCAAGAUAUAAAUUGCUUUUAACUGAACUAUUACACUGUACUCCAGAAGAUCACAGCGAUUAUAAAAAUGUUAGAGCUGCUCUAUCCAAUAUUCAAGAAUUAGCAAUGAAUAUUAACGAAAGUAAAAGAACUGCAGAAGGUUUAGAAAAAAUUAUGAUGAUUCAAGGAAGUUUAACUAAAAACAUAGACUUGGUCAAGCCUUAUAGGAAACAUAUUAAAGACGCUUCAGUAUUCUUUGAAAAAAGAGGUAAAAUUAAAAAACGUCAUUUAUUCUUAUUUAAUGAUAGUAUAUUACUUUGCAAAAAAGUUUCAACAAUUUUGGGUGUACCAAUUAAUAAUACUAGCAUAAGCAAUAGUAUAAGCAAUAGUCAACAUACUCACAACAAUUCCAGCUCCAAUAUUAAUAAUAGCCAAUAUAAUAAUAGUAAUGAUAUAAGAUAUAUUCCACUAUCAUUUAUGGAUAUGAACAAUGUUACAGUAUUACCAACUCAAGAUCAUGAAUAUCAACAUGGCUUUGCAGUAUUGGGUAACGAGCAUUUAUUUUUCUACACAGAGAAUGCCAUUGAACAACACGAAUGGUUAUUAAUAUUAAAAGAAAUUACCAAAGAGUUGGAACUUAAUCAAGGCUCUCUUAGAAAAGAUCAAUCUGAAAUCGAUCUUAAUGACUCAAUCCUUAAUCCUAUGGUUAAACAGCAAUCAAACAGAGACUCUCUUCAAAGUGUGACAUCAAUAACCAACCCAAAUAGACAAUCUAUUAGACUAAGCACAAUUCAUAAACAAGAUAACCAGGCUAAAGUUGUUGAAAGAUAUAGUGUUAACAGUAGUGCUACCAAUACAAAAAAUCAAGAUCUAUCAAGCAGCACUUUGCAAUACUCUCCAACACAAUCUAGAUCAUCACUUAACCAAUCAAACCCAUCCCCACCAUUAUCGCAUCACCAAUCAAUAUCACCAUUACAAUCAUCACAAUUAAUAAAUAGCCUUGCACAACAGCAAGAUCAAGUACAAUUGCAACAGGUUCAGCUACAAUUACAACAAUUACAAUUACAGCAGAAUAACUAUCAAUCACAAAUUCAAAAACAACAACAAUUAAUUCAACAACAGCAACUACAAUUAGAAUUAGCCCAACAGCAAAAAGCUGUACAACAACCAGUUGCAACCCAACAGCCUAAACUUAAAGAGCUAUUAUUAAUCUAUAAUGAAAUAACUCAAUUACAAAAAGAGCUUAUUAAUCCAAGCAAUCAAUUUGAUAUUCUAUUUAAUGGUCAACUAAAUCAACUUAAUUUAAUUAGACAAAACUAUCCAAAUGUAGAACCAAUUUAUAUAAGACUAUCCAGUAUAUUAAACAAAUUAACAGAGUUGAAGGGUCAAUCCUCCAUUAGAAACAACUCACUAUUUAAGCACGAAGAAACAAUAACAAAUUUACAAAAUGUUAUCGCACAAGGGAAAGAUCAUAUAGGUGCUUAUAAUGAAUGGAUUAAAAAGACAUUUCCCCUUGGUCCAAAUGAUCCUCUUUCACACCAACCAAGAAAUAUAAAUAUUAAUUUAAUGAAAUGGUAUAAUAGCUUACAUGUUGCAUAUCUAUCAAUUUUAGAAUUAAAUUAA